UACAGGAAGUGGCGGAAUCGUGACGUAAUUGGACCCGGGCCUACUCUGUUUCUCUCCCUGUCGACAGAAACAUGUGUGUUUGUUGUUUAUGUUAGCAGGAAGGGGUGCGUUCUUAAGGGUGCAUUAAAGGAUUUCUGUUGCGUUUUAUUUCUUUUUUUCUCGCAGUUGCGUAGCAAGCGUCGUGACAAAAGGCUGAUAAAAUGUCCCGACCGAGGUCCAGAUCACCAAAUUACAGGAGGUUUCCAUCGGAGCAACGGGACUUCGAUCCUGACAGAGUCCCCUUAGAUCGGAAUCACCACGACCGUUUUCCAGACGAGCCUCGAUUUGGACACCAGCGUCACCCAGACCAGGGCAGGUUACCCCACCGCAGACCCCCCCCACCUCCUGAUGCAACGUACUACGACGACAGAGACGGGGGGUAUGAGGUAGACAGACACAGAGGAGAAAGCAGAGAACACUUUCAGAGGUUUGAAAACAGGCAGCAGUCGCCUACGUGGUCGCAGAGGGAAGAUUUUCCAUUCAGAGGUCAUCAUCAGAGGAAGCCCGGGAUGGACUGGAGGAGAGAGGAUCAGGGCAGAGGACGGGGGGGGUUCAGAGACUCCAGCCCCGGCAUGAGACCGGAUGACCGAAGAGGAGGAUACAGAGGAAGAUGGACUGGCCAAGGUCCUAACAGAGGUAGAUUCAGAGACAGCCUCCAUCAUGACAGAGGAUCCCCUUUGAAAAGACCAAGGAGAGAAAUGGAUGAACAUCCGGGGUACAGAGAUGAAAACUCAGGGGACGCAGCCAGAGGUGGGUUUGGAUGGGGCAAUCGGGGGAGCUUUCCCCACCGGCACUCAAACCCCGGAGAUGUGGCUCACAGCAGAGAGCUGUCCGAGCGGGAACGCUUUGAGGACCGCGGGCCGCAUGAACCCCACUUUGAUCGACAGAGGAGUCCCCGUUCACAGGAGCGAUUCAGGGGCCCCCACAGCAAGGGGGAGGAGCGAGGACAAGCUCAAGGUCACCGCUUUGAUGACAAUAUGGAGGAGCCAAACUAUCAUGAUGCAAGAAAAGAGCCCGCCUUUCAGGGAGGACCAGAUAACAGAGACCGGCCCUUCCACCACAGGGGCUGGGGGGGGCCGAGAAGGAUGUACAACCAAAGAGGAGCUGGAAGAAACGAGUACCACAGAAAUCAGCCACAUUUCCAGCAUUCUCAUCGGGAUUCUGCCCCCAAAGAAAGACCCGCCCACCACCCCUUCAGGAACGAGGUCCCAGGUCCCCCUGAGGAGGAGGAGGAGGAGCCCGGCUGGGCGGAAGGAGACAGACGCCAGGAGUGGGCGACUGAUGCGCCCAGAAGCUCGGAAGAUCUGGACCCCAAAAUGCCGCGUCAGAGGAUGGAGCGUGGAUGGAGCGAGCGCAAAGAUGACGGCAUGGCGGUUCAAACGGAGGAAACCCUCACCAUCAAAGUGGACAUGAGUCGACCCGUCAGCCAGAAAAGCCCUCUGUGCUACUCCUCAGACAGGCAGCUCUCUCUGGACCUGGUCAACGUUGGGCGCCAGAGGCUGGACUUCCUGCCGAUGCUGCAGCACUCGGGGGAGUACCAGGAGAGCAGCAUGCGCACGGGCACGUUUGCCCAGGAGAUCAUCACGCUGGUGCAUCUGGUCAAAGAGCAGUACUUCAGCGGGGACGGGCUGACGCUGAACGAGCGCUUCUCUUCGCCGCAGACGUCAGAUCUGCCAGAGGAGGCGGAGGAGCUGACGCUGAACCAGCGGUUCAGCUCAAACCGAGGCUUCAGCUCAAAUCUGGACUCCUUCCUUGACGAUGAGGAGCCCACUCAGGGUCUGAGCAAGCCGCCGCUGCGAGGCCCCGGUGACCUGAGACAUGACCUGGAGAGGAGGCGGCAGGAGAAACUGGAGGGAGUCAAAGUUACCAUCCUGGGAAACAGCAUUUCCCAGCAUUCUACGGGGGGAGACAGUGAGCUGGACGACAUGCCGCAGACGGAGUGGGCGGGGCAGCACGGCAGGAGGCAGGAGGGCAAUAUGGGUCCGAGGAGAGGAGCUCCAAACCGCUGGAACGCAGGUCCUCCACGCAGAAACUUCCGCUACCCGUAUCCACGGCACAGUGGCCCUGCAGGUCCACAUUGGUGACGGGAUGAUCUCCAUGUGGGGUUCCUGUUGCAUCCUGGGAAAUUGGGAGUACUGUUCAUGCAGAAGAUUUGAAUUACUAAGAAAUGUGCUUUUUAUGUUUUCCAUCUUCCUGCGUAAGUUCUGCGUCUGAGGUUUUAUUUCAUGUUCGUUUAGAUUCAAACAGAUCCUGAAUGUUUCUAAUAAACAUGAUUGUUCUAAAACUGUCA